UGGUGCUUACUAAGUCAAUAGUCAAUAGUAAUGUAUUAUUCUUAUUGCUGUGAAGUAAUGCUAGUGCAAGCUCUUCAAAGCGGAGCGGUCAUUGUCCCAGUAUAAAUGCUUUCUGAAGGAGUGGCCUCCAAUCGUGAAAUUGUCUCUGCUCCAUGUGAAAGGUUUGUCUUCUGACGCUGUCCCUUUAGUUAGUCCACCUUGUGUUCAGUGAGAGAUCCCACAAGUGCUUGUGACAUUUUCAACCCUUGUGUCUAUAAAGACCCCCAGUUUGUGGGGUUCUCAUCUUUUCAUGCUGUCCUGCUGCUGUCAUGGCCCUGCUGAGAGUGUCUUCCUACCGUAAGUUGUUUGAGGAGGAGCGGUGGAGCCAGGCUGCAGGACGCUGUGGAGUCCAGGCCCGCUUCACUGCCAGGAGAGGAGUUUCAGUGCGAGAAUGUCCCAAGCUGGAUUUCGCUGCAGCUCGUGAUCUAAACAAGCAGGGUGUGUCACGAUUUGUCUAUGAACGCUCCGUCAUCGCUGCCCUCAACGAUCGCCUGGCCGGCCUCAUCGACGUGGUUCGGGGUCUAGAAGAGGAGAAUGAAUCUCUGGAGGCUGAGAUUAUUGAGCUGGAGGAGAGGCUGGGGUCAGAGAUCUCCAACACCGCUGUCAGCAUCAGCACUCCUGUGGACUACAGUCUGGAGGCUGUGAUUGAGAGACUACGGAAAGAAAAGGAGGAGAUUUUAUGUAACACGGAGGAGCUGAAGGGUGAACUGCGGCGUCUGCAGAUGAAAUACGAUCAGGUGGCUGAGCACAAGAGACUCAUCCAGCAAGAGCAAGAAGAUGUUUCUGUGGAGGUGGAUGCAGUUACCACUGACUGCCUGGCCCUUCGAGAGCAAGUGGCCAUCUAUGAGGAGCAGCUGGCCGUCAUGGAGAGGCAGCAUGAAAUGAGGCUGGAGAAAUUGUUUGAGCCCAGGACUCCAGAUGAAGGUUCUCCUACUGUAUCCCUGCAGUUCCCCUCCUUUGAUAUCACUCCAGCCAUCAUGGACAUCAAGGAGUACUAUGGCACACUAGUUCAGAGCCUCAAGUUUGAGUUCAGAGCCUCGAGCGCUGCCGCCAUUGAUGCCGCAGGAAAGGAGGAGGAGCAGCUGGCUAAGUUGACUGGAGGGAAAGUGAAGGACGUCUCCAGAGAGACUGACAUUAAUGUCCUCAAGAACUUGAUUGCAGAGCUGCAUAAAGAGCUGGCAGAGCUGGAGAAGCGUGGAGAUGAGUUGGAGGCUGAAAUAGAAGCCAGGAAAGCCAAAUACCUGGAGGAAAUAGAGAAGCUGGAGAAUUACAUUUGUCAGCUGGAGGAGGAGGAGGCUGAUCUUCAGUUCCAGAUGAAGGAUCAGAGCGGGGACUAUGAAGAACUGCUGAAUCAGAAGAUGAAUCUAGACAUAGAGAUUGCUGCUUACAGGGGUUUGGUUGAAGAAGAGGAGGAGAGACUGAGCUGCCCGUAAGAUGCAGGAAGAGGUGAUGCUCUCCUCUGGCCUGAAGCAGACACAAAGAAACACUAAAACCACAUUCAAUUCAACCCUUAACAGCAAGUCUCACAAAUCAAGAAAGUAAAGAAAACAGCUGUCAGACACACUUAACCUUCUGAGCAGAUGUAAACCUUCACUGACAGAUGAACUUCAGGGAGUUUUUGCAAGCUCAUUGAUAACGGGUCAGUGGCAGGUAACCCUGGGUCUUGAAGAAACUCUGGAGCUUUGCAGCAGUAGGAGUGUGUUGAGAGUGAUGGGGGAUUUUCGGCACUGGAAUCUUCUACUUGAAGUUUCAUAGUUCCUGUCACUUAGACACAUAUAUACCCUAUUGAUAAAAGAUUUGUCAAGGAUCAUGUGACACUGAAAAUAGUGAUAAUGGUAAUGAUGCAGAAAAUUCAGUUUUACCAUCAAAGGAAUAAAUGACAUUCAAAUAUACUGAAAGAAACUAAAUUUAAAUUAUACUAUUUCACAGUUACUUAUAUAUAAAUAAAUGCAGACUAAAUAAAUAUUAAAUAAAUGAAAAAUGCAGAUCAUAUUAAUGCAGACUUGGUGAGUGUAAUAGACUUUUAUCAAAGUAAAAUAAAUAAAUCUUACUAACUCUAAACUUUUUAAAUGUACACACACAUUUGCUUGUGUUCUGUUUAGCCUUAACAUUUCCUGUACUGUCCAAAAAGAGUUUUAGAGCUUUUACAACUUUAAAGUCGGAAUAAUAAAAGAAAAAACAAUUGUCUUAUUACAAUGCUUUAGUUCAUUCAAAUCACAAAGAAUUAAGUGUUGCUUCAUUUAAUCCACUUUAUAUACACAAUACCAGUCUAUUUAAUCCUUUAGAUAUUCAGUUACGUAUUGUGUCAUGUAUUCAUGGACCGAAAGGCAAAUGUAGCUCUACUACCUAAAAUGAUGCAAAAAAAAUUAGAUUCAAACUCCCCGACAAAUGCUUGGCUAGACAAUCCCCAAACAACUUUAUCAUAUAUUUUUUCUAAUUACUUGGUGGACAUUUUAAAAUGGAAAAUAUUGACUCUCUUCAAUGCAACAACUUACAGCCUUUAAAUAAAUAUUUGCCUCUGAAAUCAAUCAAGUCUUUUUCCUCCUCUGUCUGAACUCUUAAGUUCAGUACAUUUCACUUUUAUGGGAGUGUUUUGUGCUGACAUGGACUUGAAAGAGACCACAAUCGUCCUUCUGUCAGUCAAGUGCCAUAUCGUUUCACCACCUUUGAAGUCUUAAAAUGGAGCACUGUUGAGUUUUACCCAGCGAGCCUUUCAAUCUUCAUACUGACCCUCACUUGUAAGCGCCCUGCGCUAUUAACCCUAUCAGAGGCUUGUUAUCUGUGCAUUUAAGAUGAAAAAUGCAGCUAAUAAUGGAUUA